AUGACGGAAAAAAAGAAACUGUAUAGUAAGAAUGGUUGUAGAGAGUGUAAAAGGAGGAAAAUAAAAUGUGAUGAAGCUAAACCUCAAUGCCGUCAGUGUACAAGAUUAGAUAAAGUUUGUUCAUAUCCGAAAGCUGGUGAAAAAGUUCUAAGGGUCUCAAAGAAAUUCCUUAUAGAGAAUAAAGAUAAAUUAUUUGCACCAGAAGAAAAGGAACAACUUGAAAAUAUCAAAAUUAAUGACAAAAGGAAGUAUAAAAGAGAUAUACAAGCAAGAAAGUUGCAAGAUUCAAAAACUCAAUCACCUACAUCAUCAUUUUCAAGUCCAUCGCAAAUACCCGUACCGACAUCAAAUCCUAAUGAAAAUAUUCAAGAUGUGAAUUCGAAUAAUACUGGCCAUGGUCCUAUUCCGAUGAAUAAUAGUAUAUCACCCUAUCCAUUUAUGUAUCAACAACAGUUUUCACCCGAACCAACUUUGCAAUCACACUUGCAACAACAACCGCAGCAACACCAACAAAUGCAACAUUUACCACAACCUUCCAUACCACAACCACAACCUCAACACCCUGCACAGUUCAACAAUUUCACGAUUCAAAAUAGAAUGACCAUGCCCAAUCCAAAUAUGAAUAACCAAUAUCCUAUGAAUUUGAGAAUUCCGAGUCCCAUACCGGGUCAACCUUUAACCAGUCCUUUAGGAGGUCCUAAUUACAAUUUCAACAGAAAUUCAUUCUUUAAAACAUUCCAUCCUUUGUCGUCUUCCGGUAUCAAUAAACCUAUCAGUCCUCAACCACAACUCAACAUGCUACCUCAAAUGUCAGGUAUGGGUCCAACUUCGAUUCCAAAUCAACCACCAACUCCAGGAUUUUUGAGUCAUGGAUUAGGCAAUUUCCCAUCCAUUCAAUCACCCCAACCUUUAUCUGAAGUUCAAAAUUCCACAACUUCUAACACAUCACCAAUUUCUAAACAUUCCAAUUCCCCAAAUCCUCAAAUGGUCAACAGUGGUCUUCCUAAUAACCCUAAUAUUGAGAAUCCUAUCACUACUAAUAAUCUUGACUAUUUUGACAACUAUUUCAAUAGGGAGGAUUUGAAUGUUUUAGCCAGUGACUUGAAUAACUUGGUUGGUACCAUAAUGUUUGAAUCAAAUUUUGAGAAAACUGAUGACUUUGAAAUUGCUUCUCUGGAAAGUAAUAGCACUAUAAGAGGUGCACCUAGUCUCACCAGCGCUUCCAGAACAAAUAAUACAUCUGUGACUUCACCUUCAAUCCCAAUAAUGUCGUCGAUGUAUUCCAAAUCUUCCAAAAUUGCCAAUACUCCAACUCCAACAAGAAUCACGAAGAAUUUCCCCAUUGAGUCUAUCGAUUUGAAAUCAAAACACGAGAGAUAUUAUCUAGAAGAAUUCUCUCAUGAUUUCGCUCAAGUGAUUUUACCUUUCAAUCCAUAUGAUGUGAAUGCUGGAGGUUAUUAUAACCCAGCAAGAGAUAUUUUGUUGACACACGCUUCGAAAGAACCAUUUUUAUUGGCUGCUAUAUUGGCCCAAGGUGCCAAAACAGCAUAUACGAAGAAGAAUUUGGCCAAGGAUGAAGAAAGUUAUUGUAAGUACUUAUCACGUUGUUUGAAAUUACUUGGUCCAGCUUUAAACAAAGGUCAAAAUCCUUCUCAAAAUUUGACAUCUAAUAUCGAGAGUGUCUUGUUAACGGUAUUAUUACUUACAUCAGCCAAUGCUUCUAAUAUCAAACAAGAUUGGAGACCCCAUUUGAAAGGUGCCAAAGAUUUAUUAUUAAAAUACACUUCCCAUUCCAAUGAUUUCAAAGAAUCAAAAAUUUUGAUUUUUUGCAAAGCUUGGUUCAUUUCUUUUGAACUUUUAGCUGGUUUGAGUAGUAAAAAAGGUGGAACCUUGAAUAAUAAUGAGUUAGAUUUAUUGAUGAAAUUGAAUGACCCGGUUGAAAUUGAAACUUUAAAAGAAUUUGGGUUUGUAUCUGAUAACGGAUUUAAUUUCAUCAUUGGUUUCCACCAUCACAUGCUUCCAACAAUCAAGGAUUUAAUCAAGUUUUUGAAUUAUACCAGAGAUCCAAAAAUGACCAGACCUUUUGAGGUUUUCCAAAUGAUCGAUAUGAUGGGAAGUUUCAAUCAAUUUUCCAAGAUUUAUUUUGUUAAUGAAAAGCCAUACCUAACUUAUCGUGAUUUAAAUAAUCAUGUUCCUGCCGGUCUUUUGUUAGAUAUUCAACAACUCCCAAAUUCCAACGCACCACCUCCAUUUGAUCCAAUUUUCACUCCCAAUGGUACUGUGAUUGUAAAUUGGAUGGAUUUAUGUAGUCAGGCUUAUUGUUUGAGUGGAGUUUUGGUGUUGUUAACAAAAGGAUUUGAUUUGAGUUUUGAUGAUGAGCAAGUUAAACCAAUCACUGAAUCGUUAGUGAACUUAAUGAAGAUACUCAAAUAUUCACCUAAAGCAAAAUUCUUGCGUUGGGCUACCCUCAUGAUUCAAUGGCCAAUGUUAAUGGGUGGUUUGAAUAUUCAUUCACCCGAACAAAAAUUAAUAGUGGAAAGAUUUUUCCAAGUUGUUGGUUCAGGGUCUGCUUCCUUCUUCAUCAAGAGAAUCAACAAACUCUGGAAUAAAAGAUCAAACCCCGAUAGCUCGGAUUCAGAGUCAGAAGCGGAUAUCGAUUUGGUAACCUACUAA